UUAGGUUGCAUGUGAGGACUUGGUACCAUAAAGAACGUGACAAGAAAGCAAUGUGAACAUGACUUAGGGUCUGGAUUAUUUUUUGUGCUGUAUACAUUUCAUUGAUACUGUUGUCCCUGGUGGGUUUCUCUUCUGGUUAAUGGAUGUAGUUAUAGUGUAAAUUAAAUAAUACUGUUGCCACAUUUACAUACUGUUGUUGUCCAGAUCAGAAAUUGUAGGUUUGUAAAUCGAUGAAAAAGUCAAAAUAGCCUACGGUAGAUAAUAACCGAGUACACACUGCGCUCCUACCACAACUAUCGUACUACUUCUACAACCACCGCCACCGCCACUGCUACAGUGCUACUACUACUGCUGCUGCUAAUAGAGAUGAAAAAGGCAGCAGUAAUGGUGAACGUGGUGGUUGGGGUAUUAGUGGUGCUGGCUGCUGCUCCCACCACACAGGCCCUGACCACUGAGGCACAGUCUUCCCAGCUGUUUAUUCUUCCACUGACACAUCAUAAUUUUAGCUUUGAAUCUGCAGGAGUGUCCUACGUGCCCAGCCUUCUGAACAUGCCUGAUCUGCCAAGCUGGCUCCACUACUCUUACUCCCCAGCUGUCUUCACUGGCUUUGUCUACGGUGUGCCACCUGAAGGCCUGCAAGACUUCCAGGUGGAGGUGGUUGCGCGGGAUACUCACACGUACGAGACAGCUCACCGAGUGAUCAGGGUGGAUGUCGAGCAGCAGCCCAAAAAGCCGUUUGAGGUGGGCUUCAAGAUCAAGAACAUGAACGUGGAUGAGCUGCUGGUGGGCCAUCGCUGGGACCGCUUGUACAAUGUGAUUCACAAUGAUCUGUGGAAUAAGAGUGCACAUGACCUUACUGUGACCUACUUGGCCUCAGCGACCCAACACGGUGAUCGCCUUCCAGCCAGGCCUGAUGUGAAGGAAGGGGUGUAUGUCACCUAUGGAAGCUCAAUGCCAUUCUCUGCAGCCUUGCUAGAGCUGGAAAAAGAAGUGAAGCCUCUUUGGGACCAUCACCCGUGCCCUUCCUACUUCAAGAAGGCCUCGUACGAGAGAUUCUUCCGCCAACACAAUUUUGCCGUUGACUGGUGCAGCUUCAGACUGAACAACAACUCAGUGCAGUCUGAGAGGAUGAGACAGAAUAUGAUUGUGGAGGAUAAGGAUCUCAGGUCUCCAGUGAUCUCAGCCUUGGAGAAUGAAGGGCGUGUUCAUUUGAUGCGGAGAGAUGAGGUGGAGAAGCGUUCAUACACCUUUGAUGUGGUGCAUACCAUCCUCAUCCCUUUAGUGGUGAUGGUGGUGCUGCUGGGACUGCUCACCCUGGCCAUGUGCUGCCACCGAACCAACAUGGAUCAAAGCUCCAGUGACUUUUUCGACGAACUAUUUGAUGAUUUUCCGCGGAUCCCUAAAGGGCAGGACAUCCAGAUGGUGCAGUACGCCAGCUUCCACCGUGCCACUGAGGCUCUGAGGUCUCUUAAGGGACGUGAGCACUCCCCUCACCCCUCCACAGCCACGACCACAACCCAGGUGGACACACUCACCCGCUCCCGCACUGCCAGUCCCUCCUCCACCUUACCCAGGAACUCCACUCUGGGGAGUCGGCGUUUUGAGGACUAUGCUACACUGAGCCGACCAGACCCUCCUCCUUACCAGCGCAAUGGUAUGACGCCAACUCGCUAAAGAACACACCUACAACACCUGAGCUGCAGGUUAACAAGUCAGGAGGACCAGGUGCAUGUAGGUGUUAGCACAUGCUGAGUUUCAUGUAGUCAGUGGGAAUCCAGGUACAUGAUUACUAACAUAUCAUUUCAAGAAAUGUAGCUAUGAGGCAUUUAUCAGGAGCUGCUUUAUCAAAUGGUGUACUGCAGUCUCCUUCUCUUCUUAUGUUCUUGUAGAAGUAGUUAUAUAAAGAAGAACUAACCAUUAUACAAGUUAUCGUAGUAGAUAUUUUAGAUUUGAAUAUUUAUUUUGUUGUUUUCAAGGUGGCAACAAGGAGGUUAAUGAAUCUGGUCCCAUGCAAUGAUAAUGCAGUUGGGUUAUGAAUUAUGAAGUGCUUACUAUGUUAUAAGUUUAGAUAUUUAUUUAUCUCUUAAGAAAUGACAAUUUCUAGUCAAGAAGAUUCAGGAGCAUCUCUGCUAUUUAAUUUAGGUGAUCAAAAUAAUAGUAUUUCAUUGUAAAUGACAAGUAUUAUUGUGUGUUAGAAAUGUAAAGUCAGGGAGCACUAUGAUAAAGUUUUUUUUUUUUUUUUUACUAAAAGCAACAAAAAAGUAAAAAAGAAAGCCCCAGCAAAAGGUGCCAUUUUCCAAAGACAACAAUCCAAAAGAAGAUUCAUUGUUAUGUGAAGUGCUGUCUUGCAACAAUAAUGCUGAUGCUUCAUAAUGAAGAGGGCACUGCUCCUCUGCCCAAAGCAGCUGCCAUGUGUAGGGAUCAAACUUGGACCCUUUUAGUGUUUGGCUUACUGCUCAGCUGCCCUGGACCUUUGUCAUUAUCUAGUCAUACCCCAACAUCUUUGUUCUAGUAUGAGUUAUUGAUAGCACAUCUUAAAGCUGCUGCUUCAAGAAUAUUUUUAUGAGUACGCUAUAAAAAACUCUAUGAUCUGCAGUACAUGUGACAUAUAAAAAACUCUUCAUAAUCAUCACCAUUCUAUUUAACAUCCAUCAACAAAUCUCUCUUGUGAGAAGGCCUUGUCUGCAGGGAAUCUUGAGCUGUAGAAGAAGGUGUUAAUGCGCAAUAUAGGUGUAGCCAUGAGUGGUAGUGGGUAGCAAAUAGGGAGUAGCAACACAUGAAUGUAGUUUGUGUCACAGAUGGUUGAAAUCACUCCUGCAUUCAGGGCCACCCAGGAACAAAGGCCCAGAAACUAACAUGCUUUGUUGAUGCUUGACACGUGUUUUUAAUACACACCCCUUCAAUUAUACAGUGCCUGCGGCAUCCCAUACAACACACAACACAACACAGUUUACUGCAUGGUAAAUUACAGUACAAUUCUGCGCCAAUUGUUUGUGGUUAAGGCAGCCUCCGCCAUGCAGUCACACAUGAUGGAACAUCCCUCUUACCAGAUACAACUUAACACCUAACUAGAGACCAUGGUACACUUUGAUGUCCUCCUUUAGAACACUUUUCAUCCCCCCUUGGGACACUUUACGUCCCCCCCAGGAACCCUCUGGAAAUUAAAUAACAUACGUUACCCUUUCGUCACACUUCAACAGGGUAUUAGGGUCUCUGAGUUAAACACACUUCCUAAGUAUGCACAGAUCUUGCUACAACACUAUACCUGUUAAGAGGGCUGAACACUGGGUUGGUAGACGGUCCCAAAGAAUAUGUAGCUGUCAGGAAGGUCAGGGCAAAUAUGGCUGACCUCCUGUGUCCAGCUUCCUUCUCAAGUGAGAUGACAGACUUGACAUAUAGGUUCCUCCACGGAGUUAAUACUUGCACUGUGCAUUGACACACUCUUCUACAAAUCUUUCAUGAAAAAUUUUCAUUAAUUAUUACUGUCCUCAACUUUAUUACUACUACUCAUAUACUCCAACCUAGAGAAAAAUGUCUCAUGAGUCUUUCACUCCUUGAGGUGGUUGACAAUCUUUUCUGUUCAUUGUUUUAUUGUGCUCCCCUACACUGUCAACAGAUUUUGUUCAGUCUAAAGCUGUCAGUUGUUUUGAUCCAGCAGGAAUUGUGUAUGUUGAUUUUUGUACACAUCAUUUUCUUUGUGUGUGUGUGUGUGUGUGUGUGUGUGUGUGUGUGUGUGUGUGUGUGUGUGUGUGUGUGUGUGUGUGUGUGUGUGUGUGUGGUAGAUACUUUCUUUCCUGGUGUUCAAUUUUCUUAUGGUUUUUUCUACACACCAUCACCAGGUCUUCACUCCAAAACUUGUGGUUACUCUGUUCCCUCAUGAUUCUCUCUCUCUCUCUCUCUCUCUCUCUCUCUCUCUCUCUCUCUCUCUCUCUCUCUCUCUCUCUCUCUCUCUCUCUCUCUCUCUCUCUCUCUCUCUCUCUCUCUCUGCAUUAGGUAGGUACAUAUGCUUGAGUCACUUGCCCAUCAGAUAUAUUUAUUGUUUGAACAUGGGUUUAUUUCUGAAAGUUACCUGCACGGUUUCAUAAGGAAUAACUUAGUGACAGAGGAUUAAUAAUAACAAGGCAACAGUACAAUUCCUGCACCCUGACAGCUUUGAUUACUAUAUGUCCUGAUGAAAAUACUCACCAUCAGCACAAAUGAAGCUUUAAUAUUCUCUUAGAUGUAGUGUUGCUUAAUAUACUGUCCUGCUGCUUACCUACAAAAUAGUCAUGUAGAGUAAGCUUGUUUUUGUUGUGUUAUUGAUUUGAUUGGUCGACUGGAAUUAUAUCAUAGCAGUUUAUUGAUAUGUAUUUGUAAGACAAUAAUAAGUUUUCAGCAGAGUUAUCAGAAAUACUCUUAGUGUUUUAAUAUGUUGUUAACAUUUUUAUUUUUACAAUGAGCUCGUGUCUUGCAGAGAAGUAUAAAACGAUGUUACUUACCCAAUGCCUCUGUAUGUUUUUAAUCUGACGGCUUAAUUUCUGAAGUUAUUAGCUUCCCAGAGCAUGAUCUUUUAAUGAGGUGCAUUGAAGUCUCUGCCAAAACCUUCCUUAAAUCAGCACAACUUUUCUGUUGAAGUUUUCUAAGUGAUACCAGUGCAGUGUUGUGUAUGUUACCACCACUUAGAGUUAUGCUGUGUUAAUUAAGUAUAAGGAGUGUGAAGUUGUUGCCAUAAUCUAGUCAUCUAAAUUAUUUCAUGUAUUAUUGUGGAUUCAAUACAAUUCUGUGGAGAUUUUAAUAAGUGUGUGUGUGUGUGUGUCCUUUUGUCCUGUCCUUAAUAAAUUUGUGUGUGUGUGUGUGUGUGUGUACUUUCAUUAUAGUCUUAUAUUUCAAAAUACUUCAAUUUGUCAUCAAAAUGAUUUUCAAAGGCCACCAGAGAUGAUUAGUCGUAUUCUUUUUAAUGUUUUCUAUUAGUGAAGCAGAUUCCUCGAUAAGAUUAUCGCUAUUCUAAUGAAAUAUUUAUUAUAAUUUCAAUGCUUUAUUGCAGUUGUAGAUUAUAAUAAAUGUGCGUUAUCAUGUACCCUUCUGCCAGUUUUUUAAUAGAAGUCAAUUUAAGACACCCAAA